AUGAACCCUCCUAACGGGAGACUCAGCAUCCACAUGGCAAACGAUCCAACCUCGUUUGUCAUCCGCCCCCUCCCUGGCGCAGGCCUCGAUGGCGCCUUCCGCUUUCACUUAUCACCGGAUAGUCUCGAUAGACUAGGCCUCCAGUCAGGAGUAGAUGUCUGCCAAAUCACUGGCGAGAAAGGUGGCACAGGAUAUGGCAUUGCUUGGCGAGCCACCGACAAGAUGGGCACGAGCCCCAAACUACGACCCGUCAAGCUGACGAGUACCGCACAAGCUGCCUUUGGCUUUCAGGAGGGAUCUCAUGUCGCCAUCUCCAAGUCUGCAGCCAGCAUAAUGCCUGCCGCGAGUCUCACCCUGACGGACAUCACGCCACCUGACUGGCGCACUCCUGACGACACGGACGACCUUGCCUGGCUGAAGAGAGCAGAUAGCUAUCUCACGGACUGCGAGGCUAUUGCCGCAGGUACCACCUUCGAUCUUUCGGCGAAGAAGAAGCUUAGAAGGCGUUUCUACGUCGACCAUGUUCAAGGCAAUAGUGCAUCCGGAACGAGUGGUCUAUUCUACUGCGACGGCAUGACCAAAGUCGUCAUCGGAGACGAAAGCACUAGAUUUGACACGCCCUCACUGGCCCUGGGCGAUUCCUUCCCAGUGCUCGAUAUUGGUGCGAUCGGAGGCCUUGUUGACGAGAUCAAGCUGCUUAACAAACGCAUGGAUCGUGUGCUUAACAGGUCGUCCCAUGUCGUUUCAAAGUCACGCCAUGCACAUGAUGCACGCCACACACUACUGCACGGGUACGAGGGAACAGGAAAGAGUAUGCUGAUCGAAGCUGUUGAGCGCACGCCAGGAGCAAGUAUUCACACGAUACGAGAGGAUGACUUGAGCACACCCACGAAAGCUAUCACCUUCAUCGAGCAGACUUUCGAUGAUGCAUUGAGAGCUCAGCCAAGCAUUAUAACGAUCGACAAACUCGACAAGCUUAUGCCAAAGGAGAACAGUACUCUGACUUCUGUGCUGGUCAGACAAUUCAAGAAGAUUCGUGGAGCAAGAGUAUUUGUUCUUGCGGCAGCACGCUCGACUCUUAGCAUCGACAAUGUCCUGCUUCGUGCCGCUCGCACCGCCAUUCUUCGCACAAUGCUGGUGGACGAGUCUGAGGGCCUGGCAGAGCUCAUCAGCUCAAAAACACAUGGCUUUACUGGUGGCGAUCUUGAUAUGCUGGUCUCUCGAGCGCACGAAUUCGCCGAGGACCGAGUGGACUUUCAUCUAUCUGGCAUCCUCCCUAUUGGCCUACGCGAUGAGCUGCGCAACGGGAAUGCCACGAAUGGAAACGGGCACAUGGCCUCGUCGAUCUACAGUGAAGAUACGACGCAAGUCGACACAUCUUUACUGGAAAUGCAGCCACCCGCCUUGACAGAGGAGGACUUUGACCUCGCGCGGGCUACUGUGCAUCCGAGUGCCCUCCGCGAGGUCUUCUUCGAAAAACCGAAAGUGAAGUGGUCGAAUAUCGGUGGCUCCGAUGCCAUCAAACAGCAGUUCGACGACACUCUGGGGUUGCCACUCCAGCACCCCGAGCAGUUCGCCAGAUACGACCUCAGGCCCUCCAAAGGAGUGUUGCUCUAUGGUCCACCAGGUUGCUCCAAGACGAUGACCGCACAGGCAGUCGCCACGACCUAUAAUCUCAACUUUAUCGCCAUCAAAGGCGCUGAACUAAUCAGCAUGUACGUUGGUGAGUCCGAGAAAGCUAUCCGAGAGCUGUUCGGCAAGGCACGACAGGCGGCCCCUUGUGUCAUCUUCUUCGACGAAAUCGACGCUAUUGGUGCUGAGAGGGAUGCUGGUGGUACGAAAGGUCUCAAUGUCUUGACAACACUACUGAACGAAAUGGAUGGCUUCGAGGAGACGAAAAAUGUGCUUGUGCUAGCCGCGACGAAUAAGCCUGAGGUUCUCGAUCCGGCGCUUCUGCGUCCCGGACGCUUCGACUCACACAUCUAUAUCGGACUCCCGAAUAUCGAAGCCCGAAAGGAGAUUCUGAAGAUUGGGUUGCGAGUUGCUGAGGGAGUGGAUAUUGAGAAGUUGGCGGCUGAUACUGAGGGGUAUUCAGGCGCGGAGAUUGUGAGGAUCUGCAAUAUGGCGAAGAUGAGCGGCUUCAAGCAUGAUGUGGCAACCGAGUCUUCGCGGAUAGCUAUCGGCGGGCAAGACUUUGAGGAGGCUUUUCGAGCGGUCAGAAAGGGCACGACGGCUGAGAUGCUGGAGGGGUACGAGGCUUUCGCGACGAGGUAG